AUGGCUGUUUCUCCCCCUACACAUCUUGGCUCUGCUCAAGGUCCUCCCGUGUCGCCACGAGAGUCUCCCGUCCGCACGCUGGCGCCUAAUCCUGCCAAGAGACACCGUCCCAAAUCGUUGAAUUUAAAUCCGUCCAGUCCUCAGGACGACUCCCGCAAGAAGCCUAACAAGAACGCCGACUUGGCACUUCGCAUCGUCAGUCCAGGUCUUCCCAUUCUCAACGAAGAAAUGGAGACUACCGUCAAGAUCUCCCAGAAGAUCGAGUUGCAACAGCGCCACUUGAUAGCUGCCCGCCAGCAGGGCGGCUCGUCCUCGGGAAUGUCGCCUACUGGCAGCUCGGGAACGCUGCCAGGAAGUGCUCCCACGCCUUCAGGCUCCGCCAACACCUCGAUGGACGGCUCCAACAGCCCCAAGAACGUAGCAGUUCUAGACGACAAGCUCUCGGCACCUACUUCUGCCAAAAGGUUGAAAAGAGACAACAUCCCCACUCCAUUGACCAUUGGACCCUCUGCCAGAUCUUCCAACUCCCACAGGCCUCUGAUCCAGUCGGCUCCAAUACGAUACACCUCCCGAGUCCCAGUGACAGCGAGACCCUCGGUCCCUCUGCAAGUACGCAGAUACCCCCCUCCUCUCGCUUCAGCAGUGCCUCUUGGACCCCAUCCAUACGCCUACUCGGUCCAGAGAAGAUACAGACCCUUUCCCAACACUCAUGUGACAUAUCUGGCGCUUCCUGGUCACCCACACCAGCCAGUCAUGCCCACCACGCCUUACAAGCGAAUCAGAAUGGUCGCUCCGCACACCACCACCUCGCCAUACUUCCCCAGAGGAAUCAGACGUGCGGUGGUACCCACAGGGCCUGUCAAUGCCCAGGCACAUUCGUCCCAGCAAGAAGCCAAGCCGUAUAACGUCACCGAUAUCUACCACGGCGACUUGAUGAAGGUUGCACCAUUACAGUCGCAGCCUCUCUCGGCCCAGCGUGAGUAUUUUGAGUCCUCGUCAGCAAAACCUACUCCUACCACCAGCCAUAAAAUGAUUGAGGACGAUAGACUUCCAGUAUCUGACGAAGAAGUGAGAGAGAUGCAAGAAAAGUACAAGCGGAAUUCGGAAGAGGCAAAGUCCGAAGAAUACAAGCCUGGCCAACCUCGUGCUUAUGGAUAUCCUGGUGAAUAUCAGCAGGAACAAUACGGCUCCCAAUAUCGCCCUAUCAAGUCGGGUGAAAUCUUUGGCUCCAUCAACUUGAUGAAUGAAAGCAUUUUCAACUUCAAAAUAUUCGCCCAGGCCCCUGAAGAGAAAUCGCCUUCACAAGCCUCCAAGGAGGAGGACAGUGAUGACUGGUUGGCAAAAGAGAAAGACAAGUUUUUGAAGAUUUGUGAAACUAGUUGGGAUGAAUUUGUUAACAGUAGAAGAUUGACCUCCGAUUGGUAA